GAACAGCUUCUGUCCAUGGGCCGUCAGAACACUAUCAAUAAAAUAACUACGAUACAAUCCAACCUAGGUGGCGGUGUAGAGACUCCACCUCGGGUUUCACGAGCCGAGAAGAAGAAGAGGCGCAGUCGCUUCCGCAAACACCGUCACUGCAGCAACAUGGAAACCGCAGCUGAAGUCAGUCAAGACAAUAAGUUCGCUACUGACAGCGAUGCCGCGACGAUUCAAGAGCGGAUUCAGAAGCGGAACCAGGCGAGGAUAGAGGAUGUGGAGCGGAGGAAGGAAGCGAAGGAGAUCCGCUCCGUGCCGGAGGAGAAGGGCGAGUAUUUCUCUCGAACCUUCCGGACGGAGCUGGCGUGUAUCGAGGAGCUGCUGUCCCGCUGCUCCGGAGCGGACCGGGCCGAGGUGAUCCGGAGGCUGGAGGAGACGAGCACCAAAACUGCGCAGCUCCAGAAGUUUGUGAACGACAGCAUGUUGUUCCUGACGCAGUACGAGCUGAGGCAGGCGCAGGCCGCUCUCCAGAAACUGCAGAGCUCCAUCUCCGAGGCCAGAGACAAGGCUCUGCCCAAGAAGAAGUUUGCCUUUCGAGCUCGCACCAAUGACGCAGUUCCCCCUGGUGCGGACACACCUGCGGAGUCUGGAAAGGCGGAUGGAGGAGGUGGUGCAUUGGAGAAGUCUCCCCCUGGUGCUGCUACGUCUGGAGGGGCCAAUGGAGGAGGUGCAGCUGCCACUGAUCAGUGUGGCUUCUCCAACAUGGACGGUGAGCUUCUGACCAAAACCGCCGAGGAGAUCCAGAAAGGAGACGUGCUGCUGACCCACCUGUCCAACUGCAAGGUGCGUCUGUUCGGUUCCCCCAGCACGCUGCACCUGAAGCACAUCGACAGCUGCGAGAUCCUGUGCGGGCCCGUGUCCACCUCCGUGUUUGUGGAUCACUGCAAGAACAGCACCCUGGCCUUCCCCUGCCAGCAGCUGCGGACCCACAGCACCACGGACACUCAGGUGUAUCUGCACGUCACCAGCCGAGCCAUCAUAGAGGACUGUCACGGGGUUAGCCUCGCCCCGUUCUCCUGGUCUUAUCCCACCCUGGACGCUGACUUUAACGUGUCCGGCCUGGAUCGGGACAGAAACAACUGGAACCAGGUGGAUGACUUCAACUGGCUCGCCGCAAGAACACCUUCACCCAACUGGGCUGUCAUUCCAGAGGCAGACAGGAGAACCAACUGGGACUAAUAGUGUUUAUCUCUUGACCCAUCACAAUUAACACAUCCACAAAACCACCAAACAAAAUGUGUCUAAGUUACCUCAUGAAUGUUAGUUUGGUUUGAUGAUUGUGUCCCCUUCAGCUCAUUUUAUUUAUAUGCAGCUGCUGUUCUAAUGUAACUCAUAUAGCCAACACACCCCACAAUUAACAGCACAGACUAAUUAUAAUAGGAAAAACCUGACUGAUAAUAAAAAUCAUGAAAAAAAAA